UUCAAUAACGUUUACCUGUCCGUCGCCAUUUUUAAACUACCUGUAGACAUUUCGCGUUCGCGCGCCAUUCUUUAUCCACGAUUUGUUUCUUUAUUUUGAAUUUGCCGCGCGAUCAAACGAACUGUGAAACAUCGACGAAUGAAAAAAAUUCUACGUACGAAACGUAUCAACUGUUGGAGAGAAAGCCCGAUGGAAUUUGUGAAGGAAAAAGACGCUGAACUAUCGACGAAAUUCAUGGAGCAAGGAAAAACAAAGAUUCACCUGGCUGUGUGCAGCGGCAUUCUUGCUACCUGCGGCAGCUUGUUUGGCAAGCUAGCCGGUGGCGCUGAGUUCGUCUUCUUGAAACCAAUGCUGCUAAAAGUAAGCCUCCUCGUGCUCAUGGUCGUGACCAACACAAUAGGCUGCACAUUCUUCGUAAAAGCUCUGAACGGAAGUGAAUCUUCUUUACCUGCUACGGUUGCCAGCACAGCGAUGAAUUAUGUUUGUUCGGCGUUCCUCGGUUUUAUAAUAUUCGGCGAGUCGACCUCCUUAACUUGGUGGUGUGGCGCAUCCUUGGUGAUCCUCGGCUUGAUUCUCAUCUGUUAUACACCAAACAAAGAAAACUCUACGAGCCAGCAGCGGAAGCUCAAACAGCAAUAAUUUACAGAAAGCAUUUUUGCAGCCGACUUUGUAAGAAGAACGAGUGACUCAGAUCGUUAUUCAGGUAAACCAAAGUAGUUUCGACGUAACGUCUUUUUCUAUUCCCUACUUAAUCGUAGAUGAGCAAACAAUAUUUAAAGGAUGUUCUGUUUGAUUUAAUAAUGUAAAUUGUAUCAAGUUAUACGGAGAUAAUACAAAAGAUAAUUUUAUCGAGGGUGCAAUAGGAAAA